UCUCUGUGGGUUUGACUGAUAUCGGUUAGAAUGACAGAAACUGCAGCUGAAACCGCUCCCGCCCCUCCCCCGGCAGAACCCGCCGCUGCCAAGAAGAAGCAGCCCAAGAAGGGAGGCGCUAAAGCCAAGAAACCCGCCGGGCCCAGCGCGGCCGAACUGAUCGUGAAAGCCGUGUCCGCCUCUAAGGAGCGCAGCGGGGUGUCCCUGGCCGCUCUCAAGAAGGCUCUGGCUGCCGGAGGCUACGAUGUGGAGAGGAACAACAGCCGCCUCAAGCUGGCUCUCAAGGCCUUGGUCACUAAGGGGACUCUCACCCAAGUCAAGGGGAGCGGAGCCUCCGGAUCCUUCAAGCUGAACAAGAAGCCGCUGGAGAGUAAGGAGAAGGCGGCCAAGAAGAAGCCAGCGGCGCCCAAAGCCAAGAAACCAGCGGCGGCAAAGAAGGCGCCCAAGUCCCCUAAAAAGCCCAAGAAGGUCUCGGCAGCAGCAAAGAGCCCCAAGAAGGUGAAGAAACCGGCAAAGGCCGCCAAAAGCCCCAAGAAGCCCAAAGCGGCCAAACCCAAGAAGGUGGCCAAGAGCCCGGCUAAAAAGGCCGCCAAGCCCAAAGCUGCCAAGAGCCCGGCUAAAAAGGCCGCCAAGCCCAAAGCUGCCAAGAGCCCGGCUAAGAAGCCCACCAAGCCUAAAGCUACAAAGAGCCCCGCAAAGGCCAAGGCAGCCAAACCCAAAGCGGCUAAAGCAAAGAAGGCGGCGCCUAAGAAGUAAUGUGGCCCCGGGGCCCCUGCGCAUCGCACCAAAGGCUCUUUUCAGAGCCCC